CCAGGGACUCGCGGUCCGGUGCGGCGCGGCGGCCCUGGCCAGCCCCGCCUCGCCACGCCCCGGGCUCCUCACGCCUAUAAAGUGCGGGCGUACCCGCUUGGCCCGAGAGCCGCAACCACCUUCCCAAAUCCCAGUGCUCGCCUCUCGUCGUCGUCUACUAGCCGCCCCGGCCCCGUUUCCGAAAGCCCCGCCCGCAGCUCGCGCAUCUCAUCAGCGCGGCGCGCGCCGCCACCACCACCUCAGGCGACCGAAGAUGAUCUCCCCGGACGCAGCCCGCAACGUCGUCGGCAUCAUCGGCAAUGUCAUCUCCUUCGGCCUCUUCCUCUCCCCAGCGCCGACGUUCUGGCGGAUCUACAAGGCCAGGGACGUGGAGGAGUUCAAGCCGGACCCUUACCUGGCGACGCUGCUCAACUGUGCGCUCUGGGUGUUCUAUGGCAUCCCCGUCGUCCACCCAAACAGCAUCCUCGUCGUCACCAUCAACGGCAUCGGGCUCGUCAUCGAGGGCAUCUACCUCACCAUCUUCUUCAUCUACGCCGACGCCAAGAAGCGCAAGAAGGCGUUCGCAAUCCUGUUCGUGGAGAUUCUGUUCAUGGUCGCCGUGGUGCUCGGCGUGAUCCUGGGCGCGCACACCCACGAGAAGCGCUCCAUGAUCGUCGGCAUCCUCUGCGUCAUCUUCGGCUCGGUGAUGUACGCCUCCCCACUCACCAUCAUGGGUAAAGUGAUCAAGACGAAGAGCGUUGAGUACAUGCCCUUCCUCCUGUCGCUGGUGAACUUCCUCAAUGGCUGCUGCUGGACGGCCUACGCGCUCAUCCGCUUCGACCUCUACGUCACGAUCCCCAACGCCCUGGGCGCCUUCUUCGGCCUCAUCCAGCUGAUCCUCUACUUUUGGUACUACAAGUCGACACCUAAGAAGGAGAAGAACGUGGAGCUGCCCACCGUCUCCAGGAACGUUGGUGGUGGCAACGUCACUGUCAGCGUCGAGAGAUAGACGACGUAGCUGCAGCGGCACUGCCGCCGCCCGUCGAGAAAGAGCUCGACGAGACGUACUUUUACCCACAGUAGUUUUGCCAUCGCUCUUAUCGGAUGAUUGUCUUAAGUGAGUGCGUGCUAGCUAGUUUUGCCCGGUGUGUCAUGUUAGUUUUGCCCGGUGUGUCAUGUCAAGAGAACAAUUAAUCUAUCCAUUCAUGUGGCUGUUUGCUACCUCUCAUGGAGAUAUAAUCAAUCAUGUCUGAUUGCUACCUCUCA